UCUCAGUAAAGAGAUCAAAAACAAAUUUGAACCGUACUCCGUACUUAGUCGUGAGCUAGUCACAAAUCACGGUAUUAAAGUGCGGAGUGCGGUACGAUAGUAGAGUCUCGUUUGCUUGCUCGAGUAGGACGGACGCUCGUCUGCCCUGCUUCGGGUAUUGCAUCAUUUCAUUAAUUUUUUGAAAAGCGAUUCCGGCUUUAACUGUGAUUAGUAAGCAUGGCCAUGUUCACCUCGUUGUCGAGGGCCUGGGCCAAUUAAAUUAAUAAGAAGAAGAAGCGGUACGAUAGUUCAUCUGAAAUUCAUCCUGUUAUUCGUGAAUGAGAAUAAAUAACGAGAGUGCAAUGAGUGCGAGUAUGAAGGAGACAGUGCAUAAUUUGAGCAAUGUUGUGAACAACGAACAUAUUCACGGGAAUGAAGAGCAGGCAAUCAUCUCUGAGGAGUCAUCAGCCAAGCAGAAGUUAAGGAGCUGGCUAAAUCGACAUCUACGUAUCGAAAUGACCGAUGGAAGAGUGUUGAGGGGAGCGUUCUUAUGUACAGAUCGUGAUGCCAAUGUUAUUUUGGGCUCGUGUACCGAAUAUUUAUCUACGGAGCACACGGAAGCGAGAGUCUUAGGCUUGGUGAUGGUGCCCGGUCGACAUAUUGUCUCGAUUCAUUUAGAUGUUUGAAGCAGCGCUGCUCUUGCAAGUCUAAAGAGAAAUUCGAAGAGCGCGAGUGAAAAAGGCAGACGAUACUGUGUACAUAACCUCACUAGUAAAAGUCGGCUGAUAAAGCAAAAUUAGGCAGAAAUUAAAUUUAUAGAAAUUUCAACCGAUUAAGAAUAAGAAGACUGGAAGAAAAUAUAAAGAUCUGUGAUUGCAAUAUUUAAUUUUUUUAUC